AUGCGACCAGGUGACUCUUGGCCUGGGAAGCGGGACAAAGGCCGGAGGAGCAACGGGCUGGGCAGGGGCCAGGCAGCUGGAAGCGACAGGAAGGUGGAAGCCGGGGGAGCUGUGUGUCCUGCAGACAGGCUGCUCACAGGGAGGAGGCUCCCCCAGAGUCCUGCCUGGCUUCAUAGGGAGCAGUUCCAGAGCAUCGCCCGGGGACUCCAUGACAAAGAGAAACUGCAACUUACCCUUAACUCCAGCCAGGGCCGCCCCACAAUCCUGCUGCCCUUGUAUGGCCCAACAUCCUCAUGGCACCUGACAUUAUGUCUUUGCUCCCCCAUCUCUCUAUUUCUGCCCCCUCCUGGGACCUCCAGAUGCCCCUCCUCAUCCCCUGCCCUUCCUGUUCCAGACCCCUUCAUUACCCAGGGCUCCCUCGGCGGCGAGCUGCACCCCAACGGCACCUCGAGGGGAUUCGAUGACACCGGAGUGAAUGGGGAGGACUUUAUCAGCUUCGACGCGGACGCAGGCAAAUGGGUCGCUCGGCAGGGGGACAAGCUGGCGCUCUACACCCAGGACCUUCUCAACCUGGAUAAGAGCACAGCCAUCACGCUUCAGUUUCUCCUGAGAAUGACGUGUGUCAAUCAGAUCAAGAGCUUUGUCCAGCAUGGGAAAGAGUCUCUGGAGAGGCAAGAGCGGCCGGUCGCCGUGGUGUUUGCCCGAGCGCCUCCCCCAGCCGGGACCCCCGCGCCGUUACUGCUGGUUUGCCGGGUCACCGGUUUCUACCCCCGGCCCGUCCGCGUGGCCUGGCUGCAGGACGGGGAGGAGGUGGGGCCGGGCGGGCAGCUGAGCUCCAGCGGGAUCCUGCCCAACGCGGACCUGACCUACCAGCUGCGCAGCUCCCUGGCCGUGGGGCCGGGCGACGGGCACAGCUACGCCUGCCGGGUGGAGCACAGCAGCCUGGGGGGCCAGAGCCUGCUGAUCCCCUGGGAGCAGGGCAGGGGCUGGGGCCCCGGCCUGGCCGUGGGCAUCACCCUGGGGGUUCUGGCUGUAGCCGCCGUGGCCGGGGUGCUGUGGAGGAGCAGUCGCAGGCCGCAUUGUUACAAGGGCGUAGUCGUGCUGGAUCCACAGAACCAGGUCAAUUAA